GCAAUAAAAGAGCAAGGCACGUCAAGAGCCUUUGGCUAUCAAUCCAUCGAUCAGUUUUUUUCUGCCGAGAGGUUUCGCCGAGACAGUCGAUCGCUAGCUUCGCUAGUUGCAAGCUCGCCAGCUCUACGUACAGGAAUCAAUUAAGCUGCUUGCCUGCUAGCUAGCUUUGCACAUCAUACGUGUAUUAGCUCCUGGGAGUUUUGGUCUAGCGAUCAAAAGCCAAAAGCCAACAUUAUUUGUGCACUGACCGAGAAACGAACUUGCUGCCGCUGUUUGACAUUGCUGCAGUUAACUGAAGUUGGCAUUUGCUGAAUUUUUUCUCUGAACUUGUUGGGAGGAUUGAUGUACUUGUUAACUGAAUUUUUUCUCUGAACUUGUUGGGAGGACUGAUGUACUUGUUAACUGAAUCUGACAUUUUAACAUGAUGUACUGAUUUGUUAUGAACUCUUUUACAUUGCAGGAGAUUUUGAUGGUCUGUUCAGUGUUGAGAUCCACCAUAGUGGUUUCUUUUGUGGCAGUGACAUAAACAGAACAUACAUGGACUAUGAGGUUGAUUGGUUUGACAAUUGUGGUUUCUUUUGUGGCAGUGACAUAAACAGAACAUACAUGGACUAUGAGGUUGAUUGGUUUGACAAUUGUCAGACUGACACUUGGUCCUUACUCUGGAUUGAUGACUUCUUCUGCAGCUGGGCUAUGAUAGACAAGCUUCAAAGAUUGAUGUUUACUGGUGUGAACCAAGAAAGACAGUUAGUGAUGGCCUGAAGCUCUUGACCUGUGAUGCCGACAUUGUUCUUAUGAUUUGUGCAACAUUAGAGCACAAGAACCUGCUGCUGAUAGUAGACCAUGGUGAUACCCUGCAGUCAUUAAACAAAGAUGAUGUUCUGACAAAUGGAGUGAAGGAUCCACCUAAGGUUAUUACUCCAAAGAGGCAUGGAAAAGAAAAUGUCAGUUAUCCAGAGAAAGAGCAGAGUCCUAGAGAGAAAAUGUCAAGGACAACAAGGAGAUCUAUGUCAUUUGGAGAAGGAUGUAGCUCAAGGAAUGCUAUGGAGGAGGAGAAUAUUGAGGAUGUUAACAAUAGUGAAGAAGAGGGAAAUGAUGAGGAUGCAGGGUCAGAAACAGAUGAGGAGUUCUAUGAGAGUGACUAUGAAGUUGCAAAAGGUGAUGAUGAUUUGUUUGACGCAAAUGUAGACAAAGAUGUUGAUGAUCACAGAGAGAAGAACAUAUUGCCAGACUUUGAAGAAGAACUUCCAGAAGAUGCUUUGGAGGACAGCCACUUAAAUAUGUCGAAAGAAGAGAAAGAGAAGUUGAAGCACAAAUUCAGUACUUUCAACCCAACAACUGAUCUGAAUGCACCUGUGUUUAAGAUUGGGUUGGUGUUUGCAGAUAUGAAGGAAUUGAGGCAUGCUCUCACUGCAUACAGUGUAAGGAAUAGGGUGAAAGUGAACAAGCUCCGAAAUACUUCAGUAUCACUAGAGGUUGUAUGCAAGCCUAGUUGCACUUGGUACUUGAAGGCAGGUAAAGAUAACAGGUCAAGUAGCAUACAGAUCAAGAAGUAUGUUGACAAUCACACUUGCACAAAAGCAUGGGACCUGAGAGUUCUGACUGCUCCUUUUCUUACUAACAAGUUCAGAGAAGAAUUCAGAGACAAUGAAAAAAUGCCUUUGAAGAAAUUUUCAGAUAAGGUGGAGACAGAAUAUAAUUUGGUUCCACACAGGAGUAAGUUGGGAAGAGCUAGGAGAGCAGCAGUGAAUCAAAUAAGGGGAGUAGAUGAUGACCAAUAUAAUACUUUGUGGGACUAUGGUCAGGAGCUUAGAAGGAGCAAUCCAGGAAGCCAGUUCUUCUUGUGCACUAAGGAAGUAUUUGAUGAGAAGACAAAGAAGGUACAAGACCACUUUUCCACAUUGUACUGGUCAUAUGAUGCAUGCAAGAGGGGAUUCCUUAAGGGAUGUAGACCAAUCAUUUUCCUGGAUGGUUGUCACAUUAAAACGAGAUACAAGGGAACAUUACUAACAGCCGUUGGAAUCGAUCCCAAUGAUUGUAUCUUUCCAGUAGCAUUUGGGUUAUGUGAAGUGGAGUCAACCCAUAGCUGGGAGUGGUUCUUAGCAUCCUUAAAGGAUGACCUGAACAUAAUGAACACCUCACCAUACACCAUUAUGAGUGACAAGCAGAAGGGAUUAAUAAAUGCAGUGAAAAAGGUUUUCCCUCAUUCAGAACAUAGAAACUGUGUUAGGCACAUUUAUCGAAAUUUCCAUAAAGUACACAAGGGAGAGCAGCUCAAGAAUGAUCUAUGGUCUAUAGCAAGGUCCACUAAUGAAGCUGCAUACACCAGGAACGUGGAUCUAAUGAAAGAACACAGCUUGGGUGCCUACACCUGCGUUGAGAAAUUGGAGCCAAGAACAUGGAUCAAAGCAUUCUUUGACCCGUUUUGCAAGUGUGACAUAUUACUAAACAAUAUGUCAGAAGUGUUCAAUAGUUACAUUUUGGAUGCGAGGGAAAUGCCAAUUAAGUCAAUGUUGGACCAGAUAAUGUGGAAGCUAACAAACAGGAUUGUUGGUAAGCAGAGAGAGGCAGAGAAAUGGACAGGCAGAUUAUGUCCCAAGAUACAGAAGAAAUUGGACAAGCAUGUGGAGUGGGCAAAGAACUGCAGGGUGCAAGAGUAUGGGCAAGGUGUUUUCAAGGUUUUCUCUUUGAACAACACAUACAUUGUUGACCUGAACAUGCUUUCUUGUGAAUGCAAAAGGUGGGUACUAUCUGGCAUACCUUGCCAUCAUGCAAUUGCAUGUUUUAGGCAUGAGAGAAUUGAGCCAGAGAGCAUGGUCCAUUCAUGCUACACUGUUGAGGAAUAUAAGAAGUGUUAUGGAUUUAAUAUGAUGCCAAUGAGGGACCCACAGCAAUGGGAAAAAAUGCAUGGCAUUGCUGUUCACCCACCCCUGUACACAAAAGUAAUGGGCAGGCCUAAGAAGAACAGGAAAAAAGAUCCAGAAGAGAAGAAAGACAAGACUGGGGUGAAAAAAUUGAGCAAACAUGGUGUGACCAUGCAUUGUUCUGUUUGUGGAGCUGCUGACCAUAACAAGAAGGGCCACCACAAUCAUGUUAAUCAAACAACAACUGAGGAAACAACAAUUGAAGAAGAAUAUGACGACCCAAGCAUAAUUAACAUCAUGCCACACAGAGUCUACCCUCAGCUCGAUCCAACACAAACCCCUGACUCAAUGGUUUACAAGAUGCAAGAAAUGGAGAAGUUUACAUAUCCAGCACCUAGGGAAUUUGCCCCCCUACCUGAGUCUAGCUUCAUUGCCAAUGCCAGAACUCAAUUCCUAUGGUUAGAGUUACAACAGCCAUGUCAAGAGGCAGGGUGAGAAAGACUGCUAAUGAGAAAGUUGCAAGGCCAAGAAAAAAGCAGGCAAGGGAAGGCAAUAUUGCAAUGGGAAGCAAUGUUGCAACAACUGGAAGCAAUGCUCCAACAAGUGGGGCCAAUGCAAGAGGAGGUGGCAAUGCAAGAGGAGGUGGCAAUGCAAGAGGAGGUGGCAAUGCAAGAGGAGGUGGCAAUGCAAGAGGAGGGGCCAAUGCAAGAGGAGGUGGCAAUCCAAGAGGAGCAAGAGCUGCUGCUUCAGGUUUCUUCAACUUGCUAUUUGGACCCGAUGGAUCCACAAUACAUGAACCGCCACUUGUCAUGCAGGGUGAGGAGGAGGUCAUUUUUAGCCAAAAUGCACCAGGAGCUAGCCAGGAUCCUUAUCUCUAUGAUGAAGGUUGGCCUGAUGAUCUGCAUGACUUUUUGUCUUUGUAGUUUACAUUACAUGCAUCUUUAGGUGAAAGUCUGAUGGAGUUCAUGAAUGAACUUGUUGGUUUGGUGAUGGAGUUCAUGAAUGAACUUGUGGUCUCUAGUUCAGUACUUAUUUAGAAGACGAUGUGAUAACAGUUAUGUCACU